AUGACGGGCAUGAGGCGUGGAGUUGUGCUUUUGUCCACCACAUGGGAGAUGUCAGCGUCGUGGAAACGCGCCAUCGGGAGUGGACCGGCAUUAGCUGCCCGUAUCGACGUUUACUUUUUGCCAGUGCCGAGGAGGAGCCCUGUCUCAGACACGCUCCUGGGGCCGCCGGCGGGUGCAGUUGCUGCAGUUGCUGCAGUUGCUGCAGUUGCUGCUGGAGAGUGCGUCGUGCUGUGGGCAACGUGGGCGACGAUGCACGUCGAGAUAGAUAAGGAGAGUGCUGGGGCUUGUAUGAAUUCGCUUGAUGAUGAAUGGAGAGAGCGGCGAGCUCCAGCAAAGCUUACCCUGCCACCUGCGCACUCGAUGUCGUCUUCUGCUGGCCUUCUGGAAGGCUUGGGGCUGCCCCACUCGUCGAACCGCCACGUGGAGGAGGCGGAGGCGCACAUGGCUGGGGAGAUCGCUUCCAAUCAUCUCUGGCACACGUUGGACCAGCGAUGA